AUGGCACGUAAAAAAUUUAGUGGCUUAGAAAUCACCCUGAUUGUCCUCUUUAUUAUAGUUACCAUAAUAGCUAUUGCCCUAGUUGCUGUUUUAGCAACCAGGACACCUGCUGUUGAAGGAAGUACUGGUUCUACUGUAACUCCAGCAACUACUCGUUCAACCACUGUGCAUCCGGGGUCAGGAAAAUGUCCAAGUGAGCAGUAUGAUCCUAUCAAUGAGAGAAUAAACUGCAUUCCAGAUCAAUUCCCAACAAAGGCUACUUGUGAAUUGCGAGGUUGCUGCUGGAGACCCUGGAAUAAUUCUGUUAUACCUUGGUGUUUCUUCGCAAAUAACCAUGGCUAUACUGCUGCGGGAAUUAAAACAACAAAUACUGGACUUGAAGCCCAAUUAAACAGGAUUCCUUCACCCACAGUAUUUGGAAAUGACAUUAACGCUCUUGUCCUCACAACUCAGAGUCAGACAUCCAAUCGUUUCCGGUUUAAGAUCACUGAUCCAAAUAAUAGAAGAUAUGAAGUUCCUCAUCAGUUUGUAAAAGAAUUUAGUGGAACUGCAGCUUCUGAUACAUUGUAUGAUGUGAGAGUUACAGAAAAUCCAUUCAGCAUCAAAGUUAUUAGAAAAAGCAACAAUAACAUUUUGUUUGACACCAGCAUUGGUCCCUUGGUAUAUUCUGACCAGUAUCUACAGAUCUCAACCAAGGUUCCCAGUGAAUAUAUUUAUGGUUUUGGGGAACAUAUUCAUAAGAGAUUUCGUCAUGAUUUGUAUUGGAAAACAUGGCCCAUUUUUACCCGAGAUCAACUUCCUGGUGAUAAUAAUAAUAAUUUAUAUGGCCAUCAAACAUUCUUCACGUGCAUUGAAGAUACUUCUGGAAAGUCAUUUGGUGUUUUCUUGAUGAACAGCAAUGCGAUGGAGAUUUUCAUCCAGCCUACUCCUAUCAUAACUUACAGAAUUAUUGGCGGCAUUCUGGACUUUUACAUCUUUCUAGGUGAUACACCAGAACAAGUGGUGCAACAGUAUCAAGAGCUCAUUGGGCGACCGGCAAUGCCAGCAUAUUGGAGCCUUGGUUUCCAGCUGAGUAAAUGGAAUUAUACAUCACUUGAUGUAGUGAAAGAAGUGGUAAAAAGAAAUCGGGAAGCUGGCAUACCAUUUGACACACAGGUCACUGAUAUUGACUAUAUGGAAGACAAGAAAGACUUCACUUAUGAUAAAGUUGCAUAUAAAGGGCUCCCUGAAUUUGUUCAAGAUUUGCAUGAUCAUGGACAGAAAUAUGUCAUCAUUUUGGACCCCGGAAUCGCCAUCAGUAAGCGUGCGGAUGGAUCAAAGUAUGCCACCUAUGAGAGGGGAAAUGAACAGAAAGUUUGGGUAAAUGACUCAGAUGGGACUACAACUAUUAUCGGAGAGGUAUGGCCAGGAUUAUCAGUAUACCCUGAUUUCACUAAUCCAAGCUGCAUAGAGUGGUGGGCAAAUGAAUGCAGCACUUUCCAUCAAGAAGUGAAAUAUGAUGGACUUUGGAUUGACAUGAAUGAAGUUUCCAGCUUUGUUCAAGGUUCAACAAAAGGAUGCAAUGACAACAAAUGGAAUUAUCCACCUUUUACUCCUGAUAUUCUUGACAAACUCAUGUAUUCCAAAACAAUUUGCAUGGAUGCUGUGCAGACCUGGGGAAAACAGUAUGAUGUUCACAGCCUCUAUGGAUACAGCAUGUCUAUAGCUACAGAGAAAGCUGUGCAAAAAGUUUUUCCUAACAAGAGAAGCUUUAUUCUGACACGGUCAACUUUUGCUGGAACUGGAGUCCAUGCUGCACAUUGGUUAGGAGACAACACCGCUUCAUGGGAGCAAAUGGAAUGGUCCAUCACAGGCAUGCUGGAGUUCGGUUUGUUUGGAAUGCCAAUGGUCGGAGCAGACAUCUGUGGGUUUGUGGUGGACACCACAGAAGAGCUCUGCAGAAGAUGGAUGCAACUUGGGGCAUUCUAUCCGUUUUCCAGAAACCAUAAUGCUGAUGGAUAUGUGCAUCAAGACCCAGCAUUUUUUGGACAAAAUUCUCUUUUGGUUAAUUCAUCAAGGCACUAUUUGAAUAUUCGUUACACUUUAUUACCUUUUCUUUAUACUCUUUUUUAUAAAGCCCAUACGUUUGGAGAAACAGUGGCAAGGCCAUUUCUUCAUGAGUUUUAUCAGGACACAAAUAGCUGGUUUGAGGACACUCAGUUCCUAUGGGGCCCCUCAUUACUUAUUACCCCAGUCUUGAAGCAGGGAGCAGAGAUAGUGAGUGCAUACAUCCCUGAUGCUACUUGGUAUGACUAUGAAACUGGUAUAAAAAGACCAUGGAGGAAACAGCGUGUUAAUAUGUAUCUUCCAGGAGACAAAAUAGGAUUACAUAUUAGAGGAGGUUACAUUAUUCCCACUCAGCAACCUGCUGUGACUACAACUGCAAGCCGAAAGAACCCUCUAGGACUUAUAGUUGCAUUGGAUGAAGAUAACACAGCAAAAGGAGACUUUUUCUGGGAUGAUGGAGAAACUAAAGAUACCAUAGAAAAAGGCAUCUACAUUUUUUACAAAUUUUCUGUUUCUAAUAACAAAUUAGAUAUCAGCUGCACACACUCAUCAUACCAAGAAGGAACUGCUUUAGCAUUUGAGACUAUUAAAAUCCUGGGGCUCACAGACAAUGUUAUAGGAGUUACAGUGAAAGAAAAUAAUCAACCAAUGCAGAAUCACUACAAUUACACUUAUGAUGCUUCCAGCAAGAGUCUCCUAAUUUACAAUCUCAAGUUUAACCUUGGAAAAAACUUUACCGUUCAGUGGAAUCAAAUUUUCUCAGAAAAUGAAAGAUUUAAUUGUUAUCCAGAUGCAGAACCUGCAACCCAGAAAAGCUGUGAAGAACGUGGCUGUGUAUGGCAACCGAUUUAUGACCCGAAAAGUAAGAGAUAUGAAGUCCCAGUACCAUUAAACAUUCCAACCACGCCAACAAGUACUUAUGAAAAUAGACUUUAUGAUGUUGAAAUCCAGGAAAAUCCUUUUGGCAUCCUGAUUCGACGAAGAAGCACAGGAAGAGUUAUUUGGGAUUCUCGCCUACCUGGAUUUACUUUUAAUGACCAGUUCAUUCAAAUAUCUACUCGCCUGCCAUCAGAAUAUAUAUAUGGUUUUGGGGAAGCGGAACACACAGCGUUUAAGCGAGAUCUAAACUGGAACACUUGGGGAAUGUUCACAAGAGACCAACCCCCUGGUUAUAAAUUAAAUUCCUAUGGAUUUCAUCCCUAUCACAUGGCUCUGGAAGAUGAGGACAAUGCUCAUGGAGUGUUCUUUCUUAACAGCAAUGCAAUGGAUGUGACAUUUCAGCCAACUCCUGCUCUAACUUACCGCACAAUUGGAGGAAUUUUGGACUUUUACAUGUUUUUGGGCCCAACUCCAGAAGUUGCAACAAAGCAAUUCCAUGAAGUAAUUGGCCGACCAGUCAUGCCACCUUAUUGGGCUUUGGGAUUCCAAUUAUGUCGUUAUGGCUACAAAAAUACUUCGGAGGUUCAGGAAGUAUAUGAAAACAUGGCAGCUGCUCAGAUCCCCUAUGAUGUACAAUACACAGACAUUGAUUACAUGGAAAGGCAACUAGACUUCACAAUUGGUGACGACUUCCGUGACCUUCCUCAGUUUGUUGACAAAAUAAGAAGUGAAGGAAUGAAAUACAUUAUUAUCCUGGAUCCAGCAAUUUCAGGAAAUGAAACGAAGCCUUACCCUGCAUUUACAAGAGGACAGGAAAAAGAUGUCUUUAUCAAAUGGCCUAAUACCAGUGAUAUCUGUUGGGCAAAGGUUUGGCCAGAUUUGCCUAAUAUAACGAUAAAUGAAAGUCUGACUGAAGAUGAAGCUGUUAAUGCUUCCAGAGCUCAUGUCGCUUUUCCAGAUUUCUUCAGGCGCUCCACGGCAGAGUGGUGGGAAAGGGAAAUCAUAGAUUUCUACAAUGACCAGAUGAAGUUUGAUGGCUUGUGGAUUGAUAUGAAUGAACCAUCAAGUUUUAUACAUGGGUCAACUACUUCAUGCAGAAAUAAAGAGCUAAAUUAUCCACCUUAUAUGCCAGAUCUCACAAAAAGACAUGAAGGAUUGCAUUUCAGAACCAUGUGUAUGGAAACCGAGCAGAUCCUUAGUGAUGAAUCAUCAGUUCUGCAUUACAAUGUCCACAAUCUGUAUGGAUGGUCACAAAUGAAACCUACUUAUGAUGCAUUGCAGAAGGCAACUGGCAAGAGAGGAAUUGUUAUAUCUCGUUCCACAUAUCCUACUGCUGGACGAUGGGGGGGACACUGGCUUGGAGACAACUAUGCAAGGUGGGACAAUUUGGACAAAUCGAUCAUCGGUAUGAUGGAAUUUAGUCUCUUUGGAAUUUCAUAUACUGGAGCAGAUAUCUGUGGUUUCUUCAAUGAUUCAGAAUAUCACCUCUGCACCCGCUGGACGCAACUUGGAGCAUUUUAUCCAUACUCAAGAAAUCACAACAUUGAAGGCACUAGGAGACAAGAUCCUGCUUCCUGGAAUCAAACUUUUUCAGAAAUGUCAAAGAAUGUUCUAAAUAUAAGAUACACUUUGUUGCCAUACUUCUAUACACAGAUGCAUGAAAUUCAUGCUCAUGGUGGCACUGUCAUCCGACCGCUUUUGCAUGAGUUCUAUAAAGAGAAGACUACCUGGGACAUAUUCAAGCAGUUCCUGUGGGGCCCAGCAUUUAUGGUUACCCCUGUAUUGGAACCUUAUCAGACCGUUGUAAGAGGUUAUGUCCCUAACGCUCGGUGGUUUGAUUACCAUACGGGCCAAGAUAUUGGUGUCAGAGGAACGUUUAAGGAUUUUGAUGCUCCCUUUGAUAAAAUAAACCUUCAUGUUCGUGGCGGUUACAUCCUACCCUGUCAAGAGCCUGAUCAAAACACAUUUCACAGACCAAACCGAACUGCUAAACUUUCAGCAGUGUGUGCUCUGCUGACCACUGUUAUCAGAAUCACCCGGGUAGUUUGCACCUAUGAAAAGGACCUAUAUUUUUUGGCACAAUUUAAUUUGAACAAGACCACCUUGACAAGCACUAUAUUGAAAAAGGGUUACGGAAACCCAAAUGAAAUGAGGCUUGGAUUCAUCAAUAUAUGGGGAAUAGGAAAGACUCCUGUUAAUAAGGUUAAUCUCAUAUACAACGGAAAUAAUGAGUCACUUAGAUUUACUCAAGAACCAGAUAAGCAGAUAUUAAAUAUCAAUAUGACAAUGAAUAAUGUUAUUCUCAAUGAACCAAUAGUAAUCAACUGGUCCUGA